GAAAUAUACCAAAUGGACUUAUCUAUUUCUGCGUUGGCUAAGAAGUUUAAUAGUAUUGCUCAAAAGCCGCAGAGUACAAAGAAUAAAAGACUUAGUCUCUUUUCAAAGGAAACUUCAAAUGAUCGUACAAGGAUAAACCUACUGACAACCAAGAAACAGAAUUUAGUACCUGAGAAGCAAGAAACUGCUAAUUUUGUUUCAAAAGCUACUAAUUCUUCGAAAUUUUCAAAAAGAACUGCACUGAGACAACCAGAUAUUGAUAAAAUAUCUUCGCUUGUUAUUCCACAUAAUGAUGACUAUUCUUCGGAAGAAGAAUCUGAAAGUGAGACUCAUACAUACUCAGAGGGAGAGUUCUCAGAGUCCUUUAGUGUCGAAAUCAAAGAUAAUGCAGAAGGAAAACACUUAAAAAGUAAAGAAACUAAAUCAUUAAAGGAAUACAUUGAGAGAGUCAACAAAAGCGAUUACUCUUAUGAUCCUUCAAAGGAGGAUUCACGAGAGUUCAAACUUCCUCCUAAACCAGAUGGCAAAUAUUUGAGAAGGACAAGGAAAAAUUAUGAAAUUAUUCAAAACUUUAUUAAGAAACAACAAAAAGUAUUUAAGAAGCAAAAAUCUGUGAAAAUCAAUACUUUGGUGGAUGUACAGGACCCAAACAGUGCUUUAUUGGGAGAAAAUCUUCAUAAUAAAGAGAUGCAAAGAAGCUCCACAAGAUUCAACAAUUCUUACAUAGUUAAGAAUAGAAAUUCCUUGUUUGGAGGAGAAUCAAUAUCAGGUUUCGGAAAACAAAAAUCAAUUUUAAAAUAAACCUUCAAAUUUCGAGGUGCCUAAAUCAAGUUUUUAUAACUCUCAAAUUAACCUUGAAGAUUCGAAAGUUUCAAAAUCCUCAAAACUCGUGCUCAAAAGAAAAUCAACCAAAAUUGAGAUACAAGAUUUAGAAAGUUUUGUAAAUUCCCAAACAAAUUUGAAACCUAACGAUGAUCAAGAUGAGCUUGAUUCUCUUCCUUCAUAUGUCUCUGAAGCUGCAAUGAGAGAAGAUUUUAACACUGAUAUAAAGCCAAGAAAAUCUACACUUGCCGAUAACCCUCACUUCCCAAUCGUGAAUAUUAGUUUUCCAAAAAAUGAUUCUCUUAAUAACGAAAUUACGCCAAAAGUCAAAAAAAAUAAUCCUCUAGAAUUUCCCUCCCUAAAAUAGCAAAAUGACUGGCAUCACAGUUCAGAUCAAUCACCCUAAAAUUCCCAACAAAUCAAACAACACCAAAAGCUCCUCCAAAAACUCUCCUCACCCAACCCCUCAUGCCAUCACUAAAUCUCCACCCCACAACCAGCCGCUCACCACCUCCCAAAAGCCGUCUCCGAGCCAUGAAGCCUCUGCAGAGGAGGACUCUAAAACAAAUCUCCAACCGCACCACUUCUCUACCCUCAAAAGAUCGCAGAACGCUCGCAGAGGAGCUUUUAGAGCAAUCACUAUUUUUGAUAAGGACAAAAUGGAAUAUUCAGCUAUUGGGAAUGCUCCUGAUAUGAAACUUUUGGAGGAUUUGAAGCAUGUCAGACCUGUUUCUUCGAGACCGAGGAAAUAAGAGUAGGAGGAAGAAGAAGUAUAAGUUGAGGAAUAAGUUGGGACCAGCCCCUAAGAUUGAUAUUGAUCAAGAGAUUUUUAGAGAUAGGGAAAGAAGAGCUCGUAGGGAAAUGAAGAGAAUUAAUGUUCUUAGGGAUAGAGAGCUUAAGGAGUAUAAUAGGACUGCAAAUCCUUGGUUAAAAUAAGUCAAGAAAUGGAAAUUUUAAGAAAAUUGAUUUGAACACAGAAGAAUCUCGAAAGUAUAGAAGUCAUAUUAACCCUUUGAUAUUUGGUUCUGAAUUCUAUUUUACUGAGAAGAGUUUGAAGAUGCAUAAGCCAAGCCAGUAUCCGUUUGACCUGAAACACACCAUCGGGCCUAGCAUUGAGUAUAAUAAGUUCCAUGACUCUCAGUUUGGUGUAAACAAAGGGGAAAGUGAGAAUACUCUGAUUCCAGGAGAAAAUUCUAGAAUACACAGUCAAUAUUUCUCAAGCAACAGAGAAUUUGAUAGAUUUAUUAAAUAAGCUUCAAUAUUUA